AUGGGGUUGGGAGUUGUUUUAAGAAACGAAAAGGGAGAAGUAUUGGCCUGUGCUUGUUACAAAAGACCCCCAGUUUCUGAUUUUGUCAUGGCAAAAACAGUAGCCUUGUGGUAUGCUGUGGAUUUAUGCAAUGAAUUGGGCUUCAAUAAAGUCAUCUUUGAAGGGGAUGCUCAACUUGUAGUGGAAGCUGUUAAUAGUGAAGAUGAGGAUCUGUUUGCUAGAGGCCACAUCAUUGAGGAUAUAAAAACAGUGUUUAAAGGAAGAAGUGCUUGGAAGGUGAAGUUUAUAAGAAGAGAAGAAAAUGGGGUAGCUCAUUUGUUAGCAAAAAAUACUUUAGAUAUAGUACAAGAACAGAUAUAA